AUGGAGACGACUGGAGUGUCCGAUGAGCCGGUUUCGGGGAAGCUGAUGUCGGUGGUACAUGCGCUUUCUCUUCCAGCAGAAUCUUAUGGUAACGAUCCUGGCAUUGAGAUGGCUUGGGCCAUGAGAGCAAUGCAGCAUGCUGAAAUCUACUACAAACUCAUUUCAUCAGUUGAUCCACAGUUCCUGAAACUCACCAAAGUGGAUGACCAAAUCUACUCUGAGUUCCGGGAGAAUUUUGAGAAACUCAGAAUAGAUGUGUUGGACCCAGAAGAGCUCAAAUCAGAAUUGGCUAAAGAGAAGUGGAGGCCAUUCUGCUUGAAGUUUGAUGGGAUUGUAGAAGACUUUAACUAUGGCACUUUGCUGCGACUAGAUUGCUCUCUGGGCUACACUGAAGAAAACACAAUCUUUGCCCCCAGAAUACAAUUUUUGGCAAUUGAAAUUGCUCGGAACCGGGAAGGCUAUAACAAAGCAAUUUACAUCAGUGUGCUGGACAAAGGAGGGGAAAGAGGAAGUGACAGAGAGGAAAGAGAGAAAAAAAUCGACAAAAGAAAUCAACAAAGGCAAUAUAACAGCCAUGUAAGCGAGACAGGGAACAGCACUCUGUGA